AUGAUGAUUCCUAUCGCGUCUUGCCUCAGUCAGCUCAAAUGGGGUCAUUUUCAAUAUCGAGCCAACCCACUCCAUCACUUGCAGCUCUACGACGAUGCAAGUCGAGGGCCAUGGGGUUGUUUCUUAUUGCUACUCGCUGGCCGCCUCAAAGCUGUUACAGCAUGGGGCUUGGCUCUAGUCACAUUGGUUGCACUGGCUAUCGAGCCAACGGCCCAGCAGAUGUUGGAGCAGCAGAUCAGGCAGGCACUCCUAACAAACGUCACGGCCCAGAUAGGACGAGCUGGUAACUAUACGUCAAAGGCUAUAUGGUCUAAUUCGAUACAAGGCUAUGGAGGCCCGCGUGAUCCAAAUCCCGAUUUAUUGAAGCUUCAGACGACUAUUGCGAACGGUGCCGUAGGUUCUAUCCAAGAAGUUAACUUCUAUUGCCCUGAACCAGCUGCGAAGUGCACCUGGGAUCAAUUCGACACACUAGCAGUCUGCGCUAGCUUUAAAGACGUUACCAAUAUUGCUAACAAGACCUGCAAAUCUAGCAGGUAUCAAUACGUGUGCACAUUUGAAUUCCCCCAAGGAGAGCCCAUAGAGAUGUCAUGGCGAGGGGGAAACGGAGGCGGCUCGUUAUUCAACACGUCACGAACCUGGAAUAACUUAGACGGUGUCAUAGAAGGUGUGCUAAAUGGUGUUAACAAUACGGAUCGGUACGAUGGGAUCACAUUUACGAAUACGGAAGCCUUUACGAUUACCUUAGAUUUCUGCGUCAGGACCUACCACAACGUCGUCGCAACGCUCGCCGGGAUCCAAGAGGCCAAUUAUACCACCGAAAAGCUCCUCAGCUAUGACUGGUCUCAAGAGGGAGCCGGAAACCCGUCCCUUUAUUUCACAUACGACACGUUCCGCACAAACUCUUCUAGGGAACUCUUUAACAUAAGCGUCUCCUUACGAAACGGGCUCUUCGAAUACGUCAACAAGCUCUUUUCGACAGAUCUAACUUCGCCCCUAACAGACGAAGCCGCUAACACGGACUUUAGCUUUGGCGAGUUUAUGUACCACACGAAUCUAACCAAUUUCACCAAGAACAUCGAGGAUACUCUCACGAAUCAAAUACGCAGUUCCGCCCCCGGCGACAACAGAGACGCCUUGAUGUGGCCCGGCCAGGCGUUCCGCCAAGAGACAUACUGGCACGUCCAUUGGCCGUGGAUCAUCUUACCGGUAGCCGAAGUCUUUAUAACAGCGGUGCUACUUUCCGUCUCCAUCGUAUUGACUAGGAACCAACCGCUACUCAAGUCUUCGCCGCUAGCUCUGCUCUUCCACCCUCUCGACGGCUAUGAAGGGGACGAGCCGGUGCAUAGUAUGAGAGAAAGCGUUGGAAAAUUAGAGGAGCUGGCGAAAGGGGUUUGUGUGGAGUUUAGAGAGGAUGACCAUGGUUUAUUGAAGUUUUUCCCUGUAGAGGAUAGGGGUUCGGCGAAUUAG